AUGGUCAAUGGGACCAAUGCCUCUGCCCCUUACUACAGCUAUGAAUACUACUUUGACUACCUGGAUCUCAUUCCUGUGGAUGAGAAGAAGCUGAAAGCCCACAAACAUUCGAUUGCCAUCGCCUUUUGGGUGAGCCUGGCUGCUUUCGUGGUGCUCCUCUUCCUCAUUUUGCUCUACAUGUCCUGGUCGGGCUCCCCGCAGAUGAGGAACAGUCCCAAGCACCACCAAACACGCACCUGGAGUCACAAACUCAGUCUCGCCUUCUGCAUCCAGAGGCACCUGCGGCGCUACAGGGCUUCCUGGGGGACCCCACGGGCUCCACUGAGCUCAGGGGAGGUGCUAGGGGGCAGAGCCAGCCCUGAUGGGCAGCAGCAGCAGGAGAGCCCUUCCGCCUCCUCCUCUGGACACUCCCAGGUCAACCCCACUCUCCUCUGGGAAUCAGCCCUUGCUGGGGGUCCCCAAGGCAUCAGCUGA